GGUCGCCAUGGCGACCGUGCGCAGCGCCGCUACCCCCUGUCCUGGCGCAGACCUGCUGAAACAGGCUGACGUUGAGAAGCUGUCGCGGCUGGCAUGGACUGAUGAUGAAGAGGAGCCCGAGGACGCGGUGUCGGCGCGGUCUGCGGCGAGCUUGGACACUGCUGACGGCCUGGUGUUUGCCGGCCACCAGGCGCUGCCGGACUCCCCGGAGGUGCGCCAGCUGCUGCAGCGCGCCGCCAACAUCAGGAGGCGAGCCAGGCAGCUGGUCGCCCACAUCUCCAGCCUGUGGCCUGCCCCUCUGCCCCUGGCUGGCUCGCUGCUGGGGGCGCUCAACCUGAGCUCAGUGCCCGCCGCCGACUGCCAGUACGACCGCCGACCCAACUGCAGGCGCAGCCUGCGCUACCGCACGCUGGACGGCACCUGCAACAACCCGCUCAACCCCGUCUGGGGCGCAGCCAACACCCCCUACACGCGACUCCUGCCGCCUGUCUACAGCGACGGCGUGCACGCGCCGCGGCAGUCUGCUCGCGGCGGCCCGCUGCCCACGGCGCGCCUGCUGAGCGCGCAGUUGUUCCGCGAGCGGCCGGGCCCGGCGUCCAGGGACGAGGUGCUGACGCUGGCGCACAUGCAGUGGGGGCAGCUGCUCGCCCACGACACGGCCUUCUCCGCCAUCCCCACCGCCGACGAGCAGGGCCGGCCCAUCAGCUGCUGCUCGGAGACGGGCCAGCUGCUGGAGGAGCCGCCCGACACGUGCAUCGCCAUCCAGAUCCCGCGGGACGACGCCUUCUACUCGCAGUUCGGCCGGCGCUGCAUGACCCUCGUGAGGACGCUCACCGCCGCCGCCUGCACGCUGGCGCCCUCCGACCAGAUGAACCGGAUGAGCUCGUUCCUGGACCUGUCCAUGAUGUACGGCGCCGACGAGGCGGCGUCGCAGCGGCAGCGGCUGCGGCAGCGUCGCGGCGGCCUGCUGACGUCACAGCGAGACGGGCGCGGCCGAGAGUUCCCGCCGCAGAGCGCGCGCCCCGACCAGGAGUGCUUCCUGCAGGCGCAGAACGACACCUGCUACACCUCCUCGGACCUGCGGCUGAACCAGAACGUGCAGCUGGUGUCGCUGCACACGGUGCUGAUCCGCGAGCACAACCGCCUGGCCAGGGGGCUGGCUGAGCUGAACCCGCGCUGGGACGACGAGAGGCUCUUCCAGGAGGCCCGCCGCAUACUCAUCGCCCAGUACCAGCACAUCUCGUACGCCCACUACCUGCCGCCGAUACUGGGAGAGCGCGCGAUGCGGCAGCUGGGCCUCCGCCCCCAGCGCCAGGGCUACACGUACGACUACGACGUGUCGCUGCACCCCGCCACCAUCAACGGCUUCAACGCCGCCGCCUUCCGCGCCUUCCACAGCAUGAUCGAGGGCAACCUCACGCUGGUGGACGGGGCGCGGUGCCCGGUGCGUCACUACCGGUACAGCGACGGCUACUUCCGGCCGGCGGCAGUGCAGCGCGAGGACAACCUGGACCUACUGCUCAACGGCAUGGCCCACCAGCCGGCGCAGAAGCUCGACGACUCCUUCACCACCGAGGUGACGCAGCAGCUGUUCCGUGCCGAGGACGCUGCGUUCGGCAUGGACGGCGAGAGCCUGGACAUCACGAGGGGCCGAGACCACGGGCUGCCGCCGUACCCCGCCUUCCGCGAGCUGUGCGGCCUGCCACCCGCCAACACCUGGAGGGACCUCGCCAACACGCUGGGGCACAACUCGGCGCGGCGGCUGUCGCAGCUGUACGACAGCCCUCAGGACGUGGACGUGUUCGUGGGCGGCCUGCUGGAGCCUCCAGUGACCGGCAGCCUGCUGGGGCCCACGUUCCGCUGCCUGGUGGCCGAGCAGUUUCACCGCUGGAAGCGCGGAGACCGCUUCUACUACGAGAUGGGACAGAUGCCGCACUCCUUCAGCCCAGCCCAAUUGAAGCAGAUACGAAAAGCAUCACUUUCUCGGAUGUUAUGCGACAAUGGUGACAAUAUCACUAUGGUUCAGCCUGAUCCUUUCCGCCUUGUUUCUGAUAAGAACCCACUGAAACCAUGUGAUAGUCCAGCAAUUCCAAAGCUAGACCUUGGCCCUUGGAAACAGUGAUUCAUUAUCACAAGAAAUUUAUUAUAUUACUUUCAUAUGAAAAUUUGUCACCAAAGGAAAUCUUGUGAUUUACCUAGUGGCUCUAUGUCAAUUAAAGAUGUCCACAUUUUCAUAUUCUUAGGUAAUAAGCAGCAUAUGUUGGUACAGAAAUCGUAAUAAUUUGGGUAAAGAAUGCAAUUUUUGUACUGUGGUUGUGAGGCAUAUUUAAUUCAGUUUUAAGAAAAGAAAAUUGCCUGUUUCUGUUCAUGUAAUAAAGGCCGAGUCCUUUAAUCACGCUGACAUACUAGACUGCACCUACAGAAAAAAGUUUUUAACUUGGUAGUGAGCCACAAGUGCAGCCCUUUACACUAACUUUCAUUCCCGCAGAACUUCUCUGAAGUGAUGAAACAGACAUUCAUCAGCAUUUCAGAAGAGUCUUUUAGAUCAUAACCAUUUUGUUUACUGCAAAGUGAGGAUGGGUGUAACCAUGCAUAUCAUUUAAAAAUGGAUUUACGGAUUCAUUCCACAUUACAGAUCAUAUCUCUACAGUGGACUUCUUUUGUGAUAAGCCCUGGUAACAGCCGUGCCUUCUCCUCUUAGGAUUCUAGCAAGCACCCUUGAAAGGCAUUUACCUCUGCAAGUGCAUCUUCCAGUUUCUGUAUCAACUUUGUAAUUUUUGUUGUUGGAGUACUAUGGUGUUUGUUUGCUGGGCUGCACUUUUACAUCAUGUGAUUGUAAUGCAGCAAACAGAAGGAGAGGUACAUUUCUAGGUUUUUCACACAAAUCUCCAACUCAGUGUUCCAUAAAUUGAUAAUAAAAGCGAAGUUACCUUUCUUCCAAUGAUUUUCAUGUAAUUGUUCUGCACACCUGUAUACUACAUUUCCCUUACUAAAUUUGACACUUUGGGCCAUAGUGUCAUAUUUUUGAAUUUUUUUAUCCCAUCAAUCAGACUCAGUUUACACGAACAUGCAUACUAUAUAUGACAUUUAAUGCAGUAUUUAAAAGAAAAUUGUACAGAUAUCUAAUCAUAACUUUUGCUUGUUAGUGCAAACUUUUUCAGCUUUAAAGAGUAUGAGUAUCCAGCAUCUAGGCAAUAUAUGUAACAGAAGGUGUUACAUGAUGCAAGAUGAAAAUUUAAGCUUUGUGUGUUAUUGACAGUGAAAUAGGUGUUGCUCUAAAUUUUAAACAUUACCUUCAUUUGUUUCAGAAGAGCCCAUAGAACUGAUUAUUUAGGUGUUUGUUGCAUUUUUCUUGAUUUCUUUCAAAGGAGCUAGGGGGACCAGAGAAAGUAAUCUGCACUCAGUACAUAAACUGUCAAUUUGUACUUUGUGCCAAGCACCUACAAAAACAGAAAUUAAUCUAUGUUUCAGUAAUUACUAUAACCCUCUUCCCAAAAGAGUUGUAAGUGGUGCCCACGUGGACCUGAAAUUGCUUCAUCUCUCAUUUUUAAACAAACAAACUGACAACAUAGCACAACAUACAUUUCAUCCACCUACGAUGCUACAAACGCAGUACUGCUACUAUUAGAUAUGUAAGGUUGACAGUGGCUGGACACAAAACACUAAUGUUCUGAAGCUUUGUUUUGAAGCCUUGUAGCUUAUGCAAGUUAAUAAGUAGAAAUCUCAGUGAUCAAGAGAAGUCUCAAAAAUAGUAUGUGCAUGUGGGUUCCAUAUGUAAUGCAUAUCCUCUAUAUAUAAAUGCCUGUCUUCAAAAGACUGUGCAAUCAACUGCACUAUGAAACUAAAAUAAUGAUGGAAGUUUAUUAUAGAUAAACAUCACAACUGACAGUCAUAUCAUUUGACAUUUUUGCCAAUUCUCAGGAAAUAAAUGCAUAUAGGUUAUUUUGUAGCUGUACUUUGCACUAGAUCUGUCAUGAAUAUUAAGUUGACACUAAGUGGCAACACUUUGUACUUGUCACUGUUCAUAGCUAUGGAACAAUCAAUCAUUAACUUAUUGAAAUAUAAUUUAUGUGAUAUUUGUGAUUUUUAAACUAAGUUUUUAUGUAUGUUCAAUUCUUGAACAACCAGAUGUCAGAUCUUUGUAUCUGUUAGAGUAAUAAAUCGCUAUGUUUGUUGUUAUUUAUUUUUAUUUAAGACUGGGUUCUAAA